GGUCGUCGCGGCGCUGCGCCGAUCGCUCGCGCGAUCGCCUCGCCGGCGUCGGUCCCGCUCAGUGCAGAACAGCAUGCUGUGGUGGCUGCUGCUGGUGGCCGUCGCGGCGACGACGGCCGACGCCAAGCGGGCGCCGACGUCGACCCAGGAGCCCGUCAUCGAAGAGGUCACCGCCAAGCAGCUGGAGCGCGUCCUCGCCGAUAAGGACUACGUCGCCGUCUUCUGGUAUGCAAGGAGCUGCACCACAUGCGACAAAGUGCUGCAGGAAUUGGAGCAAAUCGACGAUGAUACCGACUCAUUCGGAGUCGAUUUCGUCAAAAUCAACGACAAACGACUGGCUAAGCAAUAUGGCAUCACGAAGUUUCCAGCUCUUACAUAUUUCAGGGAAAAGGAGCCGAUCAUUUACGAUGGUGACUUGAUGGAUGAAGAACAGGUGUUGGAUUUUUUGACUAGUUUGGAAGCUAUGGAUCUGCCGGAUCGAAUCGAGGAGGUCAACGCCAGGAUUUUGGAUAAAAUAGUGGAGGAAACUGAUUAUGUAGCCGUUUUGUUUUGUCCAGAUGCCGAUAAGUGCGCAAAAGCGGGAAGCAAUAAACCGGAAUGCAAGAAAUGCUCCAAAGUGCUGCUCGAAUUGGAGAACAUCGACGACGAGGCCGAUCAACUGGGCAUCGGUUUCGUCAAGAUCCACGACGAAAACCUAGCUGAUGAAUACAACCUGGGCACGUUGCCUACACUUGUUUAUUACCGACAUCAAAUACCCAUCAUCUACGAAGGUGAGUUGACGAAGGAAGAUGACGUUUUGGAAUGGUUAGUUCAACACAAAAGUACUGGAGAUGAAGACGAUAUUAUUGAAGAUGUUACAUUGAAGACCUUAUCGACUUUAAUAAGUAGCGUGGAUCAUUUGGCUGUGCUGUUUUACGACCACGGAUCGGAAGAAUCGACUCAAGUCCUCGACGAUUUGGAGCACAUCGACGACGAUUGCGAUAAAUACGGCAUCCAAUUCGUCAAAAUCGACGACUUCAACGCCGUGAAAGAAUACGGCUUGGACUCCUUGCCUUCUGUGGUUUACUUCGAGAAGGGCAUACCGAACAUCUACGACGGCGACUUGGAAGAAGAAGAGGAAAUCCUGGAAUGGCUGGUGGAGCAACUGGAAAAGGACGAAAUCGAAGACGUCACCGACGAAAUGCUGGACAAGUUGAUAAGCGACAGCAAGUUUUUGGCCGUGUUGUUUUAUGACGAUGAUGACAGAAAGUCCCAAAAAGUCCUGAACGAACUUGAAAAUAUCGACGACGAAUGCGACCAGCUCGGCAUCGUUUUCGUUAAAAUAGACAACGAUGACGAAGCUAAAGAAUACGGUAUCGAAAAAAUACCGUCCUUAGUUUACUUCGAAAACAGCAUUCCUACAUUAUACGAAGGCAACCUAGAAGACGAAGAGAAAGUCCUCAAGUGGCUCGAACACCAAGUCAAGCACGACGAAAUCGAGGACGUCACCGACGAAAUGCUGGAUAUUCUAAUAGCAAAGAAAACACACGUAGCAGUUCUAUUUUAUGACAAAAACCAAAAGAAGAGCCAAAAGGUGUUGGCUGAACUGGAGAACAUCGACGACGAAUGCGAUCAAAACAACAUCGCCUUCGUGAAAAUCGACAAUCCCGACGAAGCUAAAGAGUACGGCAUCGAUACCAUUCCCAGCCUGGUGUUAUUCGAGAAACGAAUCCCCCAUUUAUACGAAGGCGAUCUCACCAAAGAGGAGGAACUCCUGGGUUGGCUGCUGCACCAAAAACGCCACAGCGAAAUACCCGACGUUACCGAUGAAAUGAUGGAUUUGCUCAUCGAAUCCGAGAAAUUCCUCGCUGUACUUUUCUAUGACAAAGACGACAAACAAGACAUCAGAGUACUCAACGAGCUCGAAAACAUCGACGACGAUUUGGAAAAAGAAGGCAUAGUAAUCGUUAGGAUCGACAACGAUGCUGAAGCUAAGGAAUUCGGUAUCGAUCACCUACCGACUUUGGUGUACUUCGAAGAUAAGAUCCCUUCGAUCUACGAAGGGGAUCUUAUGAACGAAGACGAAGUACUCAAAUGGCUGAUCGAGCAAAAGACGACGGCCACGAUCGAAGAGGUCACCGACGAAAUACUCGAGGAUUUGAUCCAAGAGCACGAAUACGUGGUGGUGUACUUCAGCGGCAACUGCGAAGAAGGCCAGGAGUGCGAUAACAUCCUCAAUGAAUUGGAAAAUAUCGACGACGAACUUGAUGAGACUGGUAUUAUAUUCGUUACCACUGAAGAUUUGGUUGUGGCGAAGAAAUACAGCAUCAAAAGCUUUCCGAAAUUAGUCUUCUUCAGAAACAAAGAGCCUCUGGUUUAUACCGGAGAUAUCGAAGAUGAAGAUGAAGUUUUGGCUUGGCUCACCGACGAAAACACUUUGGAAAUUCCGGAUCGCAUCGAAGAAGUCAACACCAAAAUGCUGGAUAAAAUUCUCAGCGAAAACGAACACGUCGUCGUUUAUUUCUAUAAAGAAGGCGACAAGCGCUCCCAGAAAAUCCUGCAAGAACUGGAAAACAUCGACGACGAAUGCGAGGACAAAGACAUCGAUUUCGUCAAAAUCUCCGACGAUGGUAUCCAAAAGGAAUACGAUCUACCAUCGCUUCCUGCCGUUGUAUUCUACAGGAACAGAUUCAGGGAAAUUUACACGGGCGAUCUGAUGCACGAGGAAGCCAUCCUCGACUGGGUCCUCAACCUGCGCGAAUCCGAACCAGAUGUAAUAGAAAACGUCGAUAGAAAAACUUUACAGGUUCUAAUAAACGACGUGGAACACUUGGCAGUUUUGUUCUACAGCGACGACUGCGAGGAAUGCCCGGAAAUACUGGAGGAAUUGGAGACCAUCGAUGAUGAUACCGAUAAGCACGGCAUUCAGUUCGUUAAAUCGACGGACGCCAAACUGGCCUCGGAAAUUGGGAUAUUCAGUUUUCCGGCUUUGGUUUAUUACGAAACCGGCGUACCGAUUAUGUAUGACGGCGACCUAAUGAAUGAGGACAAAGUUUUGGAUUGGCUAGUUGAACAGAAAAGUAACGACGACGACGACGAAGAUGAUGAUGAUAACGAUGAUUAUGAUGAUGAAUAUGAUAACGAUGAGGAUGAGGAUGAUGAUGAUGGUAGUUAUGAGGAUGAUAAUGAUAAUAAUGAAGAGGAAGAAGAAGAAGAUGAUGAUGAUGACGAAAUUGGGAGUGGAUUAGAUGAUAUCAGAAAAUUAAUUAAGGGGAACGUUACAGGAGACGGAUGCUUCUACAUCGGCAUGGGAGGUAAAGGUCCGCAAUUCGCCUCGUCGAACUACCAACCGUACCAGUGCUGUCCCAAACCGCCGACCAAAACCACCAAGGUGGCCAAAUUGCAGGCGAAAUCGGCCAAGGCGCCGCCGCCGGUCAAACGGGUGGCCGGCAAGGCGCCGGUGACCGGCAAGAAGGCGGAUCCGGCGCCGCUCAAGCCCGCCUCCAAGGCGAACCAUCCCAUCAAAAUGAAAGAGGAUCGCGUCAAAGAUAAAACGCUCACCAAAGGCGAGAAAGGAAAGGCGAAAAGGGCGUUUUUCGGAAAUUUACUGGACGAAACCGAAGUACUGGAAUGGAUGACCGAUCAGAAAAACGACGAAAGCAUAGAAGAAAUCAACAGGGACAAACUCUUCCACUACAUCGACACCAAAGAAUUCCUAGCAGUAGUAUUCUAUAAAGAAGAAGACCCCGACAGUCCCAGGAUCCUCCGACACAUCGAACUCAUCGACGACGAGGCCUCCGAAUACGGCAUCAAAAUCGUCAAAAUGAAAGACCGACUGAUGGCCAAGAAAUACGGCUUCAGAGAUCCCCCGGGCAUCACAUACUUCCGCAAAGGAAAACCCAUCAACUACGACGGAGACAUCGACGACGAAGAGGAGAUCCUCGAUUGGCUCAGCGACCCCGAAAACAUGGAGCUCACCGAUCACAUUGAAAGAGUCAACAGGAAGAUGUUCGAGAAGAUCCGACAGCGAUCCGAUUACGUGGCUGUGUUUCUAUAUAGCAGCGACUGCAAGCAAUGCCCGCGCGUGCUGACAGAAGUCGAGCACAUCGACGACGAAGCCGACAGCGCCGGCAUCAAUUUCGUGAAGAUCGAAGACAAGCAAAUGGCCAAGGAGCUGGGCGUGUUCGCGCUGCCUGCGAUAUUGUUCUUCAAGCUGGGCACCAAGGACCCCGUGAUAUACGCCGGCGAUCUGUUCGACGAGCAGCAGAUCCUGCAGUGGCUGCUGACGCAGAAGGACCCCUCCGGGGACGUGAUCGAAGCCUGCGACGGCAGCGAAUUGCUGACGCUCAUCGACAACGAGGACGCGCUGGCUGUGUAUUUUUGGAACAAGACGCUGUGCGAGAUAUGCAAUGAGCAAGCUCAACAGCAACAACAGCAUGCUAGGAAGGGCCAGAAAUCGAAAAACGUUUCCGAAGAGGGUACUGAGAGUUAUGAUGACGACAAUGAAGAAUGCGAACAGUGUGUGAAGAUUCUGGAGGAACUGGAGAACAUAGACGAUGAUUGCGAAAGGCAUGGCAUCAAGUUCGUCAAAACGCAGGAUUUAAGGAUAGCAGAACAAUAUGGAGCAACCGAUUAUCCUGUACUGAUGUACUUCGAGAGCGGCGUUGGUGGAGUUUUCGAAGGAGAUCUCCAAGAGGAAGAGGAAGUAUUACAAUGGUUGAUCCAGCAAAGGACCGAGGAUAGAAUAGAGCUGAUAACUAGAGUGAUGCUGGAGAAAAUGGUCGAAGAAACCCAAUACCUCGCCGUGUAUUUCUACAAACAGAACUGCCACAUUUGCGAGGAAAUCUUGGAGGAACUGGAGCAAAUCGACGACGAAUGCGACAUCUACGGCAUCCAAAUGGUGCGAAUUCAAGAUCCCCAAUUGGCCAAAAGAUACAGCAUCAAAACCUUCCCUGCUUUGGUAUACUUCAGAAACGGAAAUCCUUUACUAUUCGAAGGAGAUCUUCAGAACGAACAAUCCGUCCUGGAAUGGUUAACAGACGAUGACAACAGGGAAUUGGAGGAUCAAAUCGAAUCGGUUAACGAAAGGAUGCUAGCCAGGUUAUUGAAUUCCUCACCAUUCCUGGCUGUCUUCUUCUACGAUGAGGAUUGUCCGGAAUGCGAUAUGAUACUGGAAAACCUCGAAGAAAUCGACAACGAAGCAGACCUCUUCGGUAUCGACUUCGUCAAAAUAUGCAGCGCCUCCGCCGCCGCCGAGCAAGGCCUCCACACCCUUCCUGCUCUGAUGUACUUCAGGAAAAAGAAGCCCAUGGUCUACGACGGCGACCUCAGCCAAGCCGACAACGUCCUCGAAUGGCUCACCUCGCAGGACGUCUUCGAAAUCAAAAACGAAAUCGAAGAAGUCAACAAGAAGAUGCUGGAGAAGCUGCUGGAGGAGAACGAGUACGUCACCGUCUUCUUCUACGAGAUCAGCUCGGACGACAGCAAAUCGAUCUUGGAGAAACUGGAGAACAUCGACAGCGAAACCGACAACUUCGACAUCACCUUCGUGAAGAUGGCUGACGCCCGGUACGCCAGGAAAUGGGGAGUGACUCAUCUACCGGCCAUCGUGUAUUUUCGGCGGCGCUUCCCGAGCAUCUACCGGGGCGAUUUACAUUCCGAGGCUGAUGUGCUGGAGUGGCUGCGGAAGAACAGGUUCAGGCAGCCCGAGUUGAAUCUCUUCAUGUACGCCUUGAUGGCCAUCAUCGUGGCGUUUUUGAUCUACACGGCGUUUCUGUUGCAGUGUUUCAAGGUGGCUCCGACCACUAGCGUGGUUCCCCAUGCUAAGCAGAGUUAGAUAGAUUGUCUUUGUUUAUGGUAUUUUUAUUGGAAGUUGCAUAUAUGGAGGGUGAUGUUGUUGUUAGAUCAUAGGGUUUUUAUUAGACACCUGUACAAGGACGAUUUUGUAGAUUUCUGAUUUUUUUGAGAGCUUUUUUCCACUUCAUGCUAAAUCUUGUAGGUAUAUUUUAUGUUUCUCUUGCGUAUAAAUGUGAUAUUUUAGUUAAAUGCGUUUAGUUAAUUUUCGCCGCCCUUCAUUAAUACGAUUAAGGUUUAAUUAGUGGAUUUAUUUACGAAUCCUGGACCAAUAAAUACAUAUUAUUGUCGACAAAGUGUUCAACGUUAAUUAAUUUUGUAUAAAGUUAUGUCAAUGUACAUAUUGUGUUAUCAUUCCCGGUAAAGGAAAGGACAGUAAAAAAAAUCAUUUAUGGGUAAACAGAGGAAUGUAAAUC